AAGACUAGUGUGGCGAUCCUAUUAUUCUACCUAGUUUCCCGAAGAGCAGUAAUCGCAACCCACCCAGCCACCCACUCAGUGGUGUUCAAGACACUUGGCCAAAUCCUGUCGGGGCGAGGUUCCACAAACGACCCGUAUGAGUCACCCCAAGGAUCCUGAAGAAGGCUAAUGGGUGGCCAUUAUAUUGUACUUGGCCUCCGCUUCUCCCACGCCAGUCCGCUGAUGACAUUCUGUAGGAUUUCGUUUGUCCAGAUCAUGAGCGUAAAAUGCUACAGCAACUUUAUGCAUUUGAGAAAGUGCGUCUGUAGAGCAAUCAAACCCGCAGCAAAAAGUAGUAAACAGGGGGAGGGGAGAAAGACCAUGCGGUCAGGGCUCCGCGCCCAUACCAACCUCCCUUUCUUAAAAACUUGAAUUGGACAGCCAGAGUGGCUUCGCUUCUGCUUCUCCUUUGUGAGUGUGUAUGAGCUUAAAUCUGCUGCUAUCUAAUUGAGGCGUUGGGAUUCCUCACGUGAGAAGUUGAUUUGUAGUUUGAACACGUGGCUCAUUCAAAAAGCCGGAAUAUUCAAGUGAUUUUCUCUCCCCUCCCCUCCUCCCACUCUGGAUUUUUUUUUAUGGAGAGAGGCGGUGCCUAUAUUCACGUAUUGUAACAUUUUCAUACUCCGCCUGCUGCCGCCAAAGGGGCUUGGGGGCAAGACAAAAAAAAAAAGUAGUUUCCCCCCCAUCUCUCCUCCCUCUUCUUCUUCUUUUUUUUUAAAACCCGCCAUCCUACUUCCAAAAGCGUCGUGAUUUCCUCUAUCUCUCCGGAUAACGCAGCGAGCAUUCAGUAUUCCGAUUUGAUCACAAGCUUUUUUAUUUUUUUUGAACUCCGAAGAUGAAUAAGCUGUACAUUGGGAACCUGGGCGAAAACGUGAGCCCUCUGGAUCUAGAAAGUAUCUUUAAAGAGUCCAAGAUCCCUUUCACCGGUCAAUUUCUCGUGAAGACGGGAUACGCGUUCGUGGACUGCCCCGAUGAAAACUGGGCUAUGAAGGCCAUUGAGGCACUUUCAGGUAAAGUUGAACUGCAUGGUAAACUCAUUGAAGUUGAACAUUCAGUUCCCAAAAGACAAAGGAGUCGAAAACUUCAAAUCAGAAAUAUCCCGCCACACUUGCAGUGGGAGGUGCUGGACAGUUUGCUAGCACAAUAUGGAACAGUGGAGAACUGUGAGCAAGUGAAUACUGACACAGAAACUGCAGUAGUAAAUGUAACAUAUGCCAAUAAGGACCAGGCCAGGCAAGCAAUAGAAAAACUGAAUGGAUUCCAGCUUGAAAACUACGCAUUAAAAGUUGCAUAUAUUCCUGAUGAAAUGGCGGCACAACCACCUCCUCAGCAGCACCCACAGGGAAGACGUGGUUUUGGACAGAGGGGUCCCCCCAGACAAGGCUCACCAGGUGCAGCUACAAGGCAGAAGCCACAGUCUGAUGUUCCACUACGUAUGCUGGUUCCCACCCAGUUUGUAGGAGCCAUCAUUGGAAAAGAAGGUGCCACCAUUAGAAACAUCACAAAGCAAACACAGUCCAAAAUUGAUAUUCAUCGUAAGGAAAAUGCAGGUGCUGCUGAAAAACCAAUUACGAUUCAUUCUACUCCAGAAGGGUGCUCAACUGCUUGUAAAAUUAUCAUGGAGAUAAUGCAGAAGGAAGCGCAAGAUACUAAAUUUACAGAAGAAAUUCCCUUGAAGAUACUAGCACACAACAAUUUUGUUGGCCGACUCAUUGGCAAAGAAGGACGGAAUUUGAAGAAAAUUGAACAGGACACAGAUACUAAAAUCACAAUAUCUCCAUUGCAAGAUUUGACGCUCUAUAACCCAGAAAGGACCAUUACAGUUAAAGGCAGUAUUGAAACAUGUGCCAAGGCGGAGGAAGAAAUAAUGAAGAAAAUCAGGGAGUCCUAUGAAAAUGAUAUUGCUGCUAUGAAUCUUCAAGCACAUUUAAUUCCAGGAUUAAAUCUGAAUGCCUUGGGUCUCUUCCCACCUUCUUCUUCAGGGAUACCCCCUCCCACAGUGGGUGUUGCUUCAGCUGCUGCCGCCUCUUCAUAUCCUCCAUUUGGCCAACAGCCCGAAUCUGAGACUGUACAUCUCUUCAUCCCCGCUUUGGCAGUGGGAGCCAUUAUCGGCAAGCAGGGACAGCACAUCAAACAACUUUCUCGUUUUGCAGGUGCAUCUAUUAAGAUUGCACCUGCUGAAGGACCAGAUGCUAAGCUGAGAAUGGUGAUAAUCACUGGACCACCAGAGGCACAGUUCAAGGCUCAAGGAAGAAUCUAUGGAAAACUUAAAGAAGAAAACUUCUUUGGACCUAAAGAGGAAGUAAAACUUGAAGCUCAUAUAAAAGUACCAUCUUACGCUGCUGGUAGAGUUAUUGGUAAAGGAGGCAAAACGGUAAAUGAGCUUCAGAAUCUGACAAGUGCAGAAGUUGUUGUUCCUCGUGACCAGACACCUGAUGAAAAUGAUCAGGUGGUUGUGAAAAUUACUGGCCAUUUCUAUGCAUGCCAGCUUGCCCAGCGAAAAAUUCAGGAAAUACUGGCUCAGGUAAGAAGGCAGCAGCAGCAGCAGCAAAAAACAGCGCAAAGCGGACCGCCUCAGCAAAGACGAAAAUAAAGGCUUAGAAAAGACCCUUCGGAGACAGAUGCCAGACCAAAGAGAGACUGUAAUGGACAGGUUCUGGGCACCUGUUGGAAUGAUAUGCAGAAGUUUCACCAAGCCAGUCGCUUGUUUGAGGACCAGGCCACAGUUGGCAUGCUGUCUCUGAGAAUGUAUUCUUUAGGCUCUCUUACUUUUGAAACCCAGCUUUAAACUAAGGACCCCUUCACUUCCCUUUUGUUCUAUUCUCACAGUUUAACAUAAACUUGUUAGUCUUCUUUUAUUGUUCUUACUAUUCCCCAGCAAUUUUAGAACUUGGUUUAAUGAAGCUUUCUCUUUUGCGUUCACUGGUUUAAAAAGAAAAGGCAUUGCUCUUCUAUGUCCACUUGUAAAAGAAGAAAAGACAAUUGAAGGGUGGGAUUAUGGGAGGGGUUUGGGUUUAGAACAAGGGCAUUGAUAAGAGGUUAAGUGUUACUCCCACUGUUAACCAAGUGGCAUUUCUUUUAAACAUUUGGUUGCAUUUUUACAUAAUGCUGCCAUAUAUAAACUAAGGGAAGUGUUGAAUGGUGUUGGCCAGGACAUGAAAAGAUAAAUAUGCAUUUUACUAAACUACCUCAGGCAUUUAAUACCUCAAAUAAGAAAUUGUUCCUUUUUUGCUUUUUUUUUUGUUUGGUAUUUUGUAUACUUUAUAAAGCUAAUAGUUCUUGAGCAUUUUAUUUUUUUAAAAAAAGUAAAAUUUGAUCAGCCAACAGCCAGGAGUACUACAGAAUUUAUUGGGGUUGGGUUAUAGUAGAUUGCUUCUAGCUGCUGGCUGAUGGGAGUGAGAUACAAAAAUAUAGUCUCAGAUUAUAUCUGAGGGUUUCAACACAAUCAUUUGUUUGCGGGGAGGGGAAAUCAGUGAAUGUUCAAACAAUACCUAAACAAAUGCCAACAUUCUGAUAGCAAUGCCAUUAUUUUUCUUUUAGGAUGGGAUGAAAAAGUUUGUGAUGGUACUUUGUUGGGAACAGAACAAGGAAGUGAUGGCAAGAGGCUGGGACUUGGGGGUACAUUUUAGACAGUCUUCUGGAGACUGGACUUUUUUUUCCUUGUACUACUUGAUUGAAUGCAUGAACCCUUUGUGCCUUUGACCAUCACUACCUACCUACUAAUGCUACACUUAAACAUUUGCAGCCCAUUUGUACUUUGCCGUUCUGUUUCAAAGAGCAAGCUUCAUCUUCAGUUUGGUAGGAUGCUUGAUCUGCUAGAGCAGUUUCAAGGCAUGGGUCCUCUGCUCUCCAGCAGAUGGCUUCAUACAGUUUUGAGUUACCAUGAUAUUGGGCAGGGGGGCGGGGAGGUGAGAUCAAACAGUGUUUGAUCCCAUUUAAAGGUAAUGAAAGGCUAAGUUUACAUAUCCAGCCGCUACUAAGGGCCACACUAAGCCACUUCGAAGGUUUUUAAAAAUAAAUUAAUACAACCUCAAGCUUGGCUUAUGAAAUAGAUACAGCAGGAUUUAUGCACGUUCUGCAACCAACCACAGGAGGAAGAAAAAUUAUCAAAAGGCAGGGAUCACAGGAAAAUUACCAAAUUUAUUUUUUUUUAAAUUUCAGAAUGUAAUUUGAAUCAUGAUUGUGGUAAUAUGCAUUCAAGUUUCUACAAUAAACUUCAGUCUACCUCAGUUUUAACAAUGUGGCAACACAUGGUGCAUAAAGACUGCUGUGCAUGUGCGCGCCCGCCCGUGUGCACAAGCCAUGCUAUUACCUCGGACCCUUUGUUUGUGAUGUUUCUGUGCAUGAGAAGAUUGGGAUGGCUACGCUGCACUGAUUUGAGGGGCACAAUUAGCAAAAACAAAAGUUUGUUUCACCAUUUUGUUGAUCUACCUCUUAGAUUAAUAUUAAAAUAGAGGCAUUUCUACAUAGAAUAGAUCAUUUUUCCCAAAGAUCGUUGUACAGGCUAGAUAACUUUUUGAAAAAAUGAUCUGGUGUUUUUUACUUCAUCUUUUCUUUACUAAUUGAUUUAAAAACCACAGACUUGUGUUGUAGUUUAGCAGAAGGAAAAAAUGGAUUUUUUUUUUGACAGUACUUAUACCUAAUCUUUAGAAUUGUUUUUCUUACAAUGAAUUUACAAUUACCGAAGUAUUGAGAAGGUCAUAGUGUGAAUUUUUUGUUGUCAAAAUACAAUACUCUUAAUAUUGGAGAAAGAUUGAUUUGAUGGUUUUCCAUUAAGUUUUAUUUUACAAAACAAGUGCUGCAUUUACAUCUGCUGAUUUAAGUAUUGUCAUUUCUCUUAAAUUUCUAGACUUUAGUGUGGUAAAUCAUGUCGUCUUACUUUCGAUUGAAACUUGGUAAUUUGGAGUAUUUGGAAAUAGCUAGGAAGUAAUUCUGUAAAUGACUUCAGUAUUCACAGAAGUAUUGAUCAUUUCUCCUCUGUAAUGUGCCCCCAAUGCAGCUUCAUGUGUCAGAUGCCUCUGAAUGGAAUAAAGAGUUUAACUCCUAUCAUCAGA